AUGGAGUCAACAACAACAACCCUCGCUCCCCGACCCGACUCGGAGGCGACUCGGUCACUAGCGCCCUCGAUCCAAGUUGGCACAGACGAAAUCAUACUCGAAAAAAGAAAAGAGAGGGAUGGCAGGAGCAGCGAAGACGCCGCCGAAGGGACCACCGAAGAGAUUCAUGAUGAAGAGUACCCUCAUGGUUUUCGCCUCGCUGCCGUCGUCUUGGCUCUGGUCCUAAGCAUAUUUCUCGUCUCACUUGAUAUGACCAUUGUAGCCACCGCGAUUCCUCGGAUUACCGACCAGUUUCACAGCCUCGGCGACGUAUCCUGGUACGGAGCCGCAUUUUUCAUGACGAUUGCAGCCUUUCAAUCGACUUGGGGAAAGGCAUACAAGUACUUCUCGCUGAAGCCUGCAUUCCUCAUUUCCAUAUUCAUCUUUGAAUUAGGAAGCCUGGUUUGCGGGGUUGCGCCAAACUCGAACACCCUCAUUGCCGGGCGAGCUAUUGCCGGAGCUGGGGCCGCGGGUAUCGGCUCUGGAGCCUACACUUUAGUUGCCGUUUCCGCCCCUCCUCGGAGCCGACCUCUAUACACCGGCAUCAUUGGGGCAGCCUAUGGUAUCGCAAGUGUCAUCGGCCCAUUGAUCGGUGGUGCUUUCACGGACCAUGUCCACAGUAUUAAUUUGCCUAUUGGAGGCGUCUCCGCUGCCAUCAUUCUUGCCUUCUUCCAGACCCCACCUUCUUCAGUGCCCGUCAAGGCCAAUCUUCGGGAAAAGGUCUUGCACAUGGACCUCAUUGGUACUGCCAUGAUAAUGGGCGCUGUUAUCUGCUUUAUUCUCGCCCUGCAAUGGGGUGGCCAAAGCAAGCCGUGGGAUUCGUCCGAAGUUAUCGGCCUCCUAGUUGGCUUUGUCGCUAUUAUCAUUGCGUUUGCCGUCUGGGAGUGGUACCAGGGUGAACGGGCAAUGAUGAAUCCGAGGAUCCUAGGUGACAGAACCAUCUACAUCUCCUCCCUCUACAUGUUUUUCUUCGCUGGUCCUUACUUUAUUCUGGUUUAUUACCUUCCCAUAUACUUCCAGUCCAUAGACGAUGCGAGCCCCACAAACUCGGGCAUUCGCAAUCUCCCGAUCAUCCUUUCAGUCUCACUCACUGUCAUCCUUUCCGGGGCAUCGAUUUCGGCCACUGGGAUCUACACCCCAAUACUGGUCGCAGGUGCGGCCAUUGCAACAGUUGCCGGCGGCCUUCUCUACACGCUGGAUAUUGGUACAAGUGCUGGGAAAUGGAUUGGUUACCAGAUCGUGGCAGGUGUUGGAUUUGGUGCCUCUUUCCAGAUCCCCAUCAUUGUCACGCAAGCAACCGUUAGCCCCGCCGACCUUUCUACUGUUACAGCUAUGGUCCUUUGUUUCCAAACUGUCGGAGGUUCAUUUUUCCUCGCGGGAGCUCAGUCCGCCUUCUUGUCUGAGAUGGUCAAGAGACUCCCAAUGACUGCGCCAACAGUGGAUCCAGCCUUAGUACUCGUGACUGGCGCCUCCAAUCUGCGUGAGGUUUUCCCGGUGGAUGUCCUGCCGGGAAUUCUGAUCGCAUAUAUGCGAGGCAUCAAGGUUACCUUCGCGUUGGCCCUUGCCGGUACCGGUGUUUCUUUUUUGCUGAGCUUCGGCAGCCGAUGGUCCAGGCUUAACCCAAAGAAUAUUCAAGCUGGUGCCGCGUGA